AUGGAUUUGGAAGAGGAAGAAGGAAAGGAAAGGAAAGCGAGCACCACCUCCUUCCCGGCCGAGGAGGCAGCCAAGGACGAUGCCGGUUAUUGUGUGUUUCUUGCACCAUUGUACAAAGCGCAGAGGACGGGAGUGCAAUACGGAAAGUCGCCCGGCUCCGAGAGGAGGGAAGCCCCGCGCGGGGCAGGAGUGCUGUACGCUAAUGUGAAUGUAAAUAGUGUUUUGCAGAGGUCCAAAAAGAUGAUGAUGAUGAUGAUAAUAAUAAUAAUGACGAUAGUGAUAAUAAUAAGAGACAUUUGCCAAAUAAAGGAUGAUGAGAACGCGCUGGAGGCUGUGGCGUGGGGGAGCGAGGCUGGCCGGAGGCGAGCAGCAGUCGUGUGCUCCGGCUCGAACCCGCGGACCCAGGAUCACGACUGGGCAGAGCCGCCUCUCCCGCCCAGCCGGCAAGGGGCGGGGCCUGGCGACGUGCCCUGCCCUGAUUGCGGGAGAUCCUCACGUGACGGCGCGCCGCGGAGUCCUCUCUUCCUGGACACUUCAGGGAUCUGGUGGCAGGACCCACUGUUCCUGGCAGCAAUGGAGGCAUCCUUGGAUGUGGCAGAGAUGGCAGCUCUGCAGAAGGCUGCAAAUGACAGCUCAGACUCAAGCCACCUGGAGGGGGACAGCACAAAGGAGGUGGCUGUGCAGAACCCAGAGCUGGAGGCCAUCAAAGCCAGAGUGCGGGAGAUGGAGAAAGAGGCUAAGUGGAUGAGGGAGCUGCAGAUGGAAGCUGAGAGCGGCUUUGCUGGGAACUUGGAGGCAGGUCUCUUCUCAAGGAAAAUCAAUGACAAGACAGAGGCUGACCAACGAUCCAUCUAUGUAGGCAACGUGGAUUAUGAGGCCACGGCAGAAGAGCUGGAGGUUUACUUCAGCAGCUGCGGGGAGAUCAACAGAGUCACCAUCCUCUGCGACAAGUUCUCGGGGCAUCCCAAAGGGUAUGCCUACAUUGAGUUUGAAGAGAAGAGCUCUAUGAAGGCUGCAAUGGAGCUGGACGAGAGCUUGUUCAAAGGCCGUGUCAUUAAGGUGCUGCCCAAGAGGACCAACACGUCAGGCAACAGCAUCACCGGCCGUGGGGGAUACCAGGGCCCCUUCCAAGCCUGGGGAGGGCUGGCCCAGUGGGAAGGCUACUAUGGAGGGCAGUACUCGAGGGUGCAAGGGAGGGAUCACGCAGAGCUGCUGCCUUGGUACGUACUAGAAAGGAUCGGGCUGCCCUGGUGA